AUGUCGGCGGCGGAGCUGCUGCUGCGCGUGCCGGUGCUGCUCUGCGCGGCGUCGCUCGAGCUCCUAGGUUACGCGUCUUCCGCGCUCGUCUUCCUCGCCGGCCUCCUCGCCGGAUUCGCCGCCGCUUACCUCCUCCUCAUCUACCCGCUGCCGCUCACCGUCAAGGAGGUGGAGCAGCGCGCGGCGCCGGCGGAGGGGCUGGACGAGAAGGCGCUGAGAAGGUUCUUCGUGCACCUGCCGCCGUGGGUCAGCAACCCCGACUAUGAGCGGGUGGACUGGCUCAAUCGAAUAGUGGCGGAGAUGUGGCCCUAUGUCAACAAGGCGGUGUCAGAGGCGGUGCAGAGGGAUGUGACGCCCAUGCUGCUUGCAAACAAGCCUUCCUUCCUGCACUCCCUCUCCUUCUCCCACUUCUCCCUCGGCCCCCUCCCCCCCGCCAUCAUCGCCAUCAAGUCGCUGGAGACACACGAUGACGAGGUGAUCAUUCAGCCUGUCAUGCGGUGGGCGGCAAACAACAACAUCGCCGUCACUGCCUCCCUGCAUGGCUUUAACCUCUCCGUACAGCUCACAGACCUGCAUGUGAGGGCAGUGGCGCGCAUCACGGUGAAGCCCCUCGUGCCCGUCUUCCCCUGCUUCUCGAGCAUCAAUCUUGCACUCAUGGAUAAGCCGCACGUGGACUUCGCCCUGCGAGUGCUGGGACUCGAUGUCAUGGCCAUCCCUGGCCUCUGCAACCUCGCCCAGAAUCUGAUAUCAGACGCCAUAGCGGACCUGUAUCUGUGGCCCAAGACCAUCGAGCUGUACCACGAGGAGCCCAAGUUGGCAGUGGGGUGGUUGACCAUCAGCGCCAUGCGCGCCAGCAACCUACGCAACCAGGGCCUGGUGGGUACGAGCGACCCCUACCUGCACUUCUACCUCACCAGCAGCCUGGGCAGCCGCGAGUCGAGUGUGCGGGACAAUGACCUCAACCCCGACUGGGGGGACGAGGAGCUCCGGCUUAAGGUGUUGGACCCCGCUACGCAGAAGAUGCACGUGGAGGUGUUUGAUAAGAACACGGGGAAGGCGGACAGGCUGAUGGGCGUGCAGCUGGUGGCGCUGAGCGAGCUGGCAGUGGGGGAGGCCAAGGACUUUGAGUUGCGCCUGGCUCCGCGCUUCAGCGACCUGGGGGGCGCACAGUCCGGGGGGAGGAGCCGGCGCGACAUCGGGAGUGUGUGCUUCCGCCUGCUCUACAACCCUCUGGGGGAGAACGAGGCGCCCCCGCCAAUGGACGUGGAGGAGAUGCAGGAGGAGGAGGCGGAGGCGUUCCCCGAGUGGGUGCCGGUGGGGGGCGGGCUGCUGCGCGUGAUCCUGAAGCGCGGCGAGGGGCUGGAGGCACGGCACCACGCCAACCCGUUCGUUGUUCUGCGGUUUCGCAACCAGGAGUGGCAGAGCCAGCACUACAAGAAGCAGGCAGAUGUGGUGUUUGAGGAGGAGCCAUUUGAGGUGUUCUUGGAAAAGCCGCCAGUGAGCGACACACUGCACAUCAAAGUCUUCUCCAAGUCCCUCUCCUCCUUCUCCGUCCUCUCAAAGGAGGCGGUGGGGUACUGUGAGAUACAGCUGAGCGAUGUGGUGAUAAACGGGCGCAUCAACGACCUCUACCCCCUCAUUGAUUCCAAGGGGCAGCUGCAGCUCGAGCUACAGUGGCACCGCCGCACCGACGCCUCCCAAGUCGCAGAAGAGACGUCGCUCGCCACCCGCGUUGGGCAGAUGAUCCAGCAGACGGCGGUGGGGAAUAUAAUCACGCAGACGGUUAAUCGGAUGGAGAACGCUUCAGAGGAGAUCAAGGCACGCUGGCAGCAGCCAUAG